UGUUUACUAAUUCUCGUUCAUUACAUUGUAAAUCUGCAGUUCUUUAUGUGUUUAUUGAACGUUUUGAAGAAAAAAAGUGUCUGGUAGUGUAUAUUUGUAACUGUUAGUAGAUAACUUUAAAUGCGGUGCUCUGUUAUGAUUUCAUGACUAAACGUGUUUACGUGAGAUUUUCAGUGGAAAAGUGUUGUGAAUGUGUGAUUUUACUAUUCAUAUACUGCAAGGAAUGACAAUUUCUACUAAAUAUUUAUUUGUUGAGUUCGUGAUUUCUAAUCGCGGUCGACGGCACAUGAGGCUUGGGGGAUUUUCAUUUUACGCUGAAAAAGUUUUCCCGGAAAAAAGCAAGGUGCGAUGGCGGUGCACGCGGCGGACUUGCCGGGCUUAUGCUCACACGCUUCACGACAAAAUCUUCGCUCUAAAUGAAUUUGUGCGGCUGUCAGUGGGCCCCGGAGGACGCCCGCGCCUCUGGGUUCGAGGGCGAAGUUUUUAUGCGGCUCACACCAUGAGAUCCGGAGUGGUUCGCUGGCGUUGUACUAUGGGAGGUUGUGGUUGUAAGGCCUACACACAGAAGGGUACCUUACACAAGUUGGUUGGCGAACACAACCACGUCAACCGUGGGGGCAGACGUGCGGCUAAACAAGCCAAUCCCAUGAUAAAUGUUCGUGCGUCAUCACCUCCCACGCCGUUACUGCUGUCCAGAAUACGACAUUUGGACAUUGAUAAUUUCGAUCCAAACGCUUGGAUGGUACGAAAUUAGUCCUGUAUCAAUUUUUAACUGGUUUGAAAUGCAGACGAUGAAACGGACGGAAUACGGGAUUCUGUUUAAUAUAAUUUGUCAAAAACGAAUAUUUAUAUGAAUAUAACACAGGUACAAAACGUUAAAAGAAAUUUAGCGAUUUCCAUUGACUAAAUUGAAAGAAAAUGACAAAAAUUUUCAAUCAAAUGAUUUGUAUUUAUAGUUUAAUUACUGGUAAUUGUAUAAGAUUAUUGCAAUUUAAAUGUGCCAUAAUAUAAUUUUGUUCUUAGGUAAAUAUAUUCUAGUUGCAAAUCAAAGUACAAGCUUUAGGUACUGUGUGAUAUGAAGCUCAUAUACUAUACUCUCAAUGUAGUUAUUGUUUUAUUAUAUGAGUGCCAAAAAGAAAUUUUACUAGGUAGUUAUUAGGAAGUAGAUAUUUUCUUAGUUUAAAUAUUCUUAUGAUCGGUAUGGUCAAAUCUUGUAGAAAAUUGUAGUCGAUAAACAUAAACCACGAAAUCGGUCUUCCUCUUAUUUUUUUCAACAUUGUUAAAUUAUGAUCUUACUACUCUUCGUUAUUGUAAUAAUAUUUUUAUUGUUUAAAAACUACUAAUACAUUUACAUGUGCCAAAUGAUUUGCUCAUUUUAUGUUUCUCAUAGAGAAGAAUAAGUUUAAUUGUGAACAUAAUUCUGUUGACUCUGACUGUGGCAAGUGGUGUGUUGAAUAGUAGCGAUGUAAUUGUGUGAAAUACAAAAUGCUCAUUUCGAUUGUGUUUUAUUAAUUUCAUCGCUUUAUACAAAUAUACGGUUUAAUUGAACUUCGUUUUAUUGAAUCCUUCUGUACUCAAGUCCAUUGUCUGUUAGCAAUUAAAUAGUUAGAUAAUAAUGCAUGUUAGCUUUUUUGUUCCACUUAAGGCUCGUAGAUAAGUUCAAACUAGCAUUACGUGGAACAUAAUGUAAGAUUUAAAAAACGUUUUUGAAUCUAUCAUU